ACCCAUCUCAAUCCCUUCCCUUCCAUCCCUCUCCAUGCAUCUCUUCUAACCCUACCUAUCACUCUUCUUCGGAAUGCUGGUCCAUCAAACAGUUCCAUCUCUCCCUUCUUAGCCUAUCCAAGCUUCUUGCUUGUUCCAUUUCUCUGUUAGUUCUCUUCCCAGUAAAGCUUUCAAACGAUGAAGUUGCUAUAACGAAUAGAAGCCUCAGAUUAGCUAUGCUCUUACCUCACCUCACUCCAACUUGUUUUUCUUCCGGUAAUACCCGGCUUUGAGCAUUCAGUCCUCUGAAGGUUUCAAACUGCUUAUAAGUCAUGCCGAAGUUUGUGAAGCUUGGAUACCACUACUUCAUGUCAUAUCUCAUGCCGCUAUCCCUUGUUCUUCUCAUCGGUCAUCUCUGGACACUCUUCAGGGGAGACUCUCAGGAGAUGUGGAGUCGCCCUCUGACCAAAUUCCACACCAUAGUCUUCUGCUCUGCUCUCUCUGCUUGUGCUGCCAUUAUUUACCUCAUGGUCCGGCCGAGGCCGGUCUACCUGAUAAAUUUUUCUUGCUACAAGCCCGACGACUCUUGCAAGUUUAGCCACGAGGCCUUUGUCCAGAGGAGUAUAGUCUUAGGGACCUUCACCAAGGAGAACGUUGCAUUCCAGAAGAAGAUCCUCGAAAGGUCGGGGGUCGGUCAGUCGACAUACUUCCCCGAGGCCGUCGCAAGGCUUCCGCCGGAUCUUCGGAUCGUCGAAGCGAGGAAGGAGGCCGAGAUGGUGAUAUUUGGAGCUGUCGAAGAUCUCCUAGCAAAGACUCAACUUAAGGCCAAGGAUAUAGAUAUCUUAGUGGCGAACUGCAGCCUGUUCAGUCCCACCCCUUCUCUUUCCACCAUGAUCAUAAACCAUUAUAAGCUAAGGGAGGAUGUUAUUAGCUAUAACCUCAGUGGUAUGGGAUGCAGUGCUGGCCUCAUUUCCAUGGACCUCGCCAAGCAUCUUCUCAAGGUGCAUCCAAACUCGUAUGCAUUAGUAGUGAGCACGGAGAACCUUACUCUGAAUGGAUACUAUGGAAACAACCGCUCCAUGCUCGUCACUAACUGCCUCUUCCGCGUGGGUGGCGCGGCGAUCCUUCUAUCCAACCGCAGAUCGGACUGCAGCCGAGCCAAGUACAAGCUCACACAUGCAAUUCGCACCCACAACGGCGCCGACGACAACUCCUACAGCUGUGUCCUUCAAGGGGAGGAUGACGCCGGGAAGGUUGGCGUCGCCCUGUCGAAGGAUCUCAUGUCGGUCGCAGGGGAAGCACUCAAGGCUAAUAUUAUGACCUUGGGGCCUAAAGUCCUCCCCAUUUCCGAACAGCUUCUCUUCCUUGUUACGUUGGUGCGUCGAAAGCUCUUCAAGAUGAAGAUUAGUGGGUACGUUCCUGAUUUCAAGCUCGCGUUCGAGCACUUCUGCAUCCAUGCCGGCGGGAGGGCGAUACUCGACGAGCUAGAGAAGAGCCUUGGCUUGACUGGGUGGCACAUGGAGCCUUCGAGGAUGACGCUCUAUAGGUUUGGUAACACUUCAAGCAGCUCAUUGUGGUAUGAACUAGCUUACUCUGAAGCUAAAGGUAGGAUCAAGAAGGGUGAUAGGGUAUGGCAAAUUGCAUUCGGUUCUGGGUUCAAGUGCAAUAGUGUUGUUUGGAGAGCACUGAGGACCAUCAAGCCUACUGAGAACUACCCAUGGCUGGAUGAGAUCGAUGACUUCCCUGUUGAUGUGCCCAAAGUGACGCCUAUUAACGUAUGAUUAAAGUUAUAUGCUAUUGUUCAGGAUUAAAGUUGUUAUUUAUGAGUUUGUGCUGCAUCUCGAUGGCUGGUUGAAAGAGUUGAACUUUAUUGUAUGACGGAAUUGAAGGUUGAUCUUAAAUAUGGUUGAUUUUUUUCCCUAUUAAAUGAAAAGGAUGGGCUGUACGUUGCUGCAUGGGUACCUGA